ACCCACCCCUACGCUGUCAAGCGGCAGGCCACAACAUCCGACCGACGGCGGUCACCUGGACCCAAAAUAUGAGAUUUGUAACCUUCUAUCACCUUAAAGAUGUCCAAAAGUCACAAUUGUAAGAGGACGCACUGUUAGUGAACGCGCGAGGGAGGGUGCACGCGCUUCAUCCUGACGUAGCGCCGCUCGCUCCAGCGCUGCUCCGCUCAAUACCUUCAUCACAAAAUCAAACCAAACGUGGCGAUCGUUCGCCGUGAUUUGACAUCGUGUGAUCUCCAGAGAUGACAUUUAUUGUCAACAUGUUUUCCUUCCGCCAAGAGAUCCUCUUUAAACUUUUCUUUAACGUUCCUCACUCUCCAAAACCACGGAUUGGCAUUGGACGUGUGAACUAAAGUCCUCUGAAAACCACCUUCUGCAAAUAUCCAAACAUUCUUUGUCCUCACCCACACCAGGAGAAGAUGGACAGUCCACCUAAGCUAGCCGGGGAGACACUUAUUGUCCACCACAUUCCGCUGGUUCACUGCCAGGUUUCAAGCUCACGACAGUGCUAUGGUAAUCCGUUGAAAAGGAACAGUAAUCCCUUCAGCUGCCCAGAGAACCUAGGAUUGAUUCGGACAACCUCCCUACCUGAGAGAGACAUUCUUCAGCGGGAGGCAUUGGUAUACAGCAGCCUCAUACAGACGUCGAGCAGCAGCCUUAGCUCUAGUGAUACUUUUGGGGAUGGAGGAAUGAGAGGAGGAGAGAAACGAGGAAGAGGAGGGAGAGAAGGGAGUAUGGCAAGCGACACUUCCUCUUUCACCUCAAGCAAUUCCGAAGAUCAGACUCAAGGCUUGCCAACGAAGACAGGUGAACGGCCAAACUCUAGACGUAACCCCUUUCUGCUCAACACUGAAGAUGAAGAUGAUGAGGAUGAAGACAAUCUGAAUGGAUAUUUGGAAGACUCCUCUUUUCACCUGCAUGGAAAUUUGCAUGAAAUCUCAAAUUCAGUGCUUGCAAAUGAAGACUUGCCCCCUUUCCAUUUACAUGACUUUGGGUACACCACUGAACCUUUUCUCUUGCAUGGGUCUACAGAAAAACAGUGGUGUUCUACAAAUGGGCCUAGUGGGGAAGCAGAGACCAGAGGCCACACAAUAGGUGGGACUUUUGAUUUGUCUACUCAUAUGGAGGGCCUAAACUUGCUGAGAUUAGAUAGCCAGCGGCGCCACGGAAGCAGUGGUUCCACCCUUUCAAUGGACUGUGGUGAGCAAGAAUGGGGCGAGGAUGAUGAUUAUGAAGACCAGUCCAUGCAGGGCGGUAGAGGAAGUUCAGAAUGUUCCAGUCUGGCAGCACCACGCUGCUCCUGUUGCAACCUUUCUCAGCCAUACCCUGAACCUUUUCAGGAAUCAUUCUCUGAGUGUCACCAGGGCUACGGCAGUGAUUCCUCCUGCAAUAGCUCAGAUGGAGUGCUGGUCAACUUCAGCACGAUAUUCAACAAAAUGAACAAUGUUGUCCCGGCCAAGCCGUUGUCCAAUAUCAAUAGUUCUGGUGAGCAAUCUUGUGCCUCAUCUGUGUCUGGGCUCAUUGGGAUGUGCGGUACAGAAUGCAGCAGUGGACAUGGAGCUUUCUACCUGGACUUACACACGUCCCCGAUUGAACCCCCUCAGCAUCCUUCGGCCACUCAAGAGCAUGCAAACUCUUCCUCUGUAUCUCAGCCACAAGGUGCCACUAUGGAAGUAGAUGCCAACUGUAACUCAUACCACAACCUCCUUGGAAGUGAGGGACUGUCCUCUGCCGAAACCUCUGCCAAUGACCUCACCUCGUGUCUUCAAAGCCAAGCUCGCUUGGUUGUAGCAACACAGAAUUACUACAAGCUUGUGACGUGUGACAUUUCUUCCCAGUCCUCUCCCAGUCCGGUGGGAUCAUCGGUCACAAGCUGUUCAGAUGAGCACAGCAAAGGAAGCCCCACUCAGCCAACAGAGUACUACCUAUUUCAACAAAUGAAAGAGGACGAAGACGAGGAAGAUGCAGAACUGAAUGAAGAAAAGGAUCCAACUGAGACUGACUCUACCCAUGAGAAUAUAAUUGAGGGGCAGGUGUAUAUCAACAUCUCCCCACCUAUGACAGCCUGCAAUUCAGUUGGUGCUUCAGGGAGCAGUCGACCUCUUUCUCGCAGCUACGAUCGUAUCCUGGACAAGUCUCCAUCUCCUCGCCUUGGAUCCUUGGAGCGCAUGCUCAGCUGCCCUGUUCGGCUCAGUGAGAGUGCAGCUCCAAGUCCACCUCCUCCACCACGUGUCACUUCUUUUGCUGAAAUAGCAAGAAAUAAGAGGAGAACUGGAGGGUCACCAUCACAGAGGGGUGGCAUGGAGGCCACGUCCACACACUCUCACUCUUCUGGAGAGUUCUCACCCAUCCUGGAAGGCUUUCCGCAGGGUCAGAGCCACAGUUUGCCACCACUCACUCGAUGCCAUAGUCAAGGGAGCUGUGAACAGACUCGAACCAUAGCAGAAGGUGGCCUGUCUAGCUCCACUGACUCCUCUCCAGUUGUAAUUCGCUAUAGCAAAAAUCAACGUCCGACCUCAUUGCCUAUUCAGCCCUUCACUUUCCACCACCAGUUUGGAAAACCCCAGGGAAAGCCUAUCCUUCCUCUUCUGGACGGAUACAUCAGCCAUAUGCAGGCUCGAGGGGCUGCAGCACCUGAGGGUGGUGAAGAUGAGUCAGAAGAAGACCACAAGUCACCUCACGACAACUCCAAUGCACCUACAACAGUGCGUCCGUCUCCAUUGGGUAGUUACUCGCCUGUUCGCAUCCAAUGUGCACCCACCUCUUCUGGAACCUGCUCGACAUGCACUCCGACCCCAGGUGGUCCGAGGCCGCCACGUUCCCUCUCUUGCCCCAUCUCUGCUGGUCUUCUGCCCCAGCAUACCCCAACUGGAGUGGCCAUACGUACAGAGACUUCUAAAAUCACUCCCUUACCUCCUACACCGCCUCCACCUCCGGUGAUGAAGCAGAGUCCGCUGAUGCCUGCUUUGCCCACUAGAAGUCACUGUUUCCACCGUGGCAAUUUGCCAACGCUUCCCAGCUCUUGUCUCAGUCCUCUUGGAAAGUUGGAGCCAGCGCCACAGGAAGAGCCAGUGAAAGUUUUACCGGCGUGUGUGACACAGCGACAGCCUAAUGUGCACCACCUCUCCCCCCAGGCACUCAAAUGGAGAGAGUACAGGCGCAAGAACCCUCUGGGUGUGGAGCGCAGUAAAGACGGCCAUCGUUCUCUCUCUUGUCCUUUGGAAAACAAGACACCUGGAACUCGUGUCAUGCGACGCAAUGUGUUUGAUUUCCCUCCAACCAACCAACCACUCAGCUUCGGCAGAUUUAAUGGUGCUGAACCAAUUUCUGUGACCCAAUGGCCGAUUAGGGGAAGAAGCUGGAAAGGGGGCUGGGGUCAGUCAUUGAGGCAACUGCCCCAGUGCUACAGCGACUUUCUGCCUGAUUAUUUCUCUCAGACAGAGCGCCCCCCUGAGGAAUUCUGCUUAUCUCCUGAUGCUAAUACUGACGAAUCAAUUUCUAUAGACCUGUUGCAGAAGAAAGGUUUGGUGAAGGCCAUAAACACAGCAGUGGAUCUGAUAGUUGCUCAUUUUGGCACCAGUCGGGAUGCAGGAGUUAAGGCCAAAUUGGGCAAUAGCUCUGUUAGUCCAAAUGUGGGUCAUCUUAUUCUAAAAUACCUGUGUCCUGCCAUUCGUGAGAUACUGCAUGAUGGGCUGAAAGCGUAUAUACUGGAUCUGAUCAUUGGACAGCGCAAAAACCAGCCCUGGAGUGUGGUCGAGGCCUCCACACAACUCGGUCCCUCUACAAGAGUUUUGCACAGUCUAUUUUCUAAAGUCAGUCAGUAUUCUGAGCUGACCAAUCACAGUAUGAGACUCAAUGCCUUCAUCUUUGGCCUGCUAAACUUGCGAUCUUUGGAAUUCUGGUUCAAUCACAUUUAUACACAUGAAGACAUCAUAGCAGCACACUACCACCCAUGGGGUUUCCUACCCCUGUCUCAAGGGGUGUGCCAGCCACUGUUCGAAGAGUUGCUGCUCCUGCUCCAGCCGCUCUCACUGUUGCCCUUUGACCUUGACUUGCUAUUUGAGCCACACCAGCUUCAGAAAGGGGAAGAACACCUGAGACGCAAAGAACAGCUGUGCUCUGCACGCCAAGGCCUCGACCAAUCAGAUCGCUCCACCUUCCAGCUAAUGCGUGGCUGUGGAAUGUUGGAGUCUGGUGCACAGGAAAUGGUAAUACUGCCUCAGAGAGAAAAAUUCAUGCUGAGAGACGAGGACAGCCGGCUUAGGACGGAGGGAGUGACAUUAAAAAUGAAACGAGAUGGGCGGAAGAGUGGAGCAGAGCGUGAAUCACGGGAUAAGGAGGCUGGAGCUGGCAAAGAGUGUUUGAGGAAGAGUGACGCAGGGCUGAUAGAGGGCGGUGGGUGGUGUGCUGGCAGGAUGAAGGGAGUUGGAGAAGAUUGUGACAAGGAAAAAAGGAGAGAAGGAGAUGGAGCCAAACAGAGAAACCGACAAGCUGGCUGGUGGUAUCAGCUGAUGCAAAGUUCACAGGUUUACAUCGACAACUCUGCCGAGGGCUCAAAAUUCGUGAAGUUGGAAAAGAGGAGGAAAGGUGGCAUUGAAAGUCACCGGCAAAGCCAUCCACCUACUAGAGAAGGUGUUGUUGAGGGGGCUGAAGCUAUUCAACAGAUGGAUGAACAGGUGGAACAUGGUCGGACCAGAAGUAGCAAUAAUAAUAGUGCUGGCAAUGGGGUCCUCCACCAAUCAGCAUUGUCAGAACCCAACAAAGCUGCAAAGGGGAAGCCAUCGUGGAUGGGAAGUCCACCAGAAUCGGUGCUCACUGAGCUGAAGAAGAGCAAGGAGAAGCAGCUAGAAUGCCAGGAUGGAGCAGGGGAGGAUGCAGGGGAGGAUGGUUCGGCACAGGUGCUCCGCUGGGGGCGGCUGUUUGGAGCUGGAAACGCAAGCAAGAUCGAGAAAAGUGAGCAGAAAUCAGUCAGGAAACAAAGAUUGCCAUCUGGUUGGUUGAGUCUUGACCGUUCUGUUUUGGAUUUGGUGGCUCAGUCUGUUGGAGUGGGGAAAAAAGCAGAGCAACAAUCUCUUAAGUUUCAAAGCCAAGAAUCCCACCUUGGCCCAACUAAACAAGCACAAACACAGAAUCCCCCAACACAGAGACAAACCCUUCGUGAAGUGAAGGCGUUAUGCCAUCAUAUUGCCACAGAGCCAGGCCAGCUCAGUUUCCACAAAGGUGACGUGAUGCAGGUGCUCAGCAGGGCAGACUCUGAUUGGCUGCUGUGUGCUCUGGGCGACACACAGGGCCUUGUUCCCAUCAUAUACGUCACCCUGAUUGAGGACAGUCAGGAGCGCUGAAACUCAGGCUCUGAAAGAGACGGGUGCGAGAUAAGAUCCGAUUGGGAACGAAGAGGAGGGUCACUGCUUUUCUGAAUAUAAAAGCUGCUGCACAAGAGAUGAUUCUGUCAGAUUCAUUUUGUGCUUGCAUGCGUAUGUAAACACCAAUACACACACACACACACACAAACAUCACACUUUGCUGUUGUGAAAGCACCCUCUUUGUUUCAGUGAACAGCAAUGUUCUAACCAGUGAUUAGAAAGUGUAGAUCUAGUUUCUGAUUCUGAGUAGUGAAAUUGUUUGCAAUGAGCCAUCAGGUUUUGCAAAAUAGCUUGUAAUCAUUAAUGUCAAUAGCCUUUUAAAAAAACUACAAAACCAAAUGAAGUUGUUAGAUGACACUACUGGUGCAUAUGCCCUGUCUUUAAUUAAAUACUGUAUGAUUUUAUGUAAUCUAGAUGUUAGCCAAUUCAUGUGUUGCGACGGAAAGUGUGUGCACUUGCCCUUUGGAGGCCGCGCAUAACCUGGUGGUCAUUCGUGAACAUCUCGUUGUCACUCGCAAAUAACCGUAUGAAGCUGAAUAGUACACCACUGAUUAAGGGACAUCUUGGUUUUUACUGCAAGUCCACAGGAAUUAAAGCUCAUUAACGAUACUGGACAGCCUUAUACGACAAGGGAAAUUAGGCUGUCCAAAGGCAUUUUUCUCUCCAAACCUGUGAUCCUUUGACAGGUUAACAGAUAUACUAAUGCUAUCACCACAAUGUCAUGUUUUUUACACCAAUAAGGGAUCAUUUACAGCAAGAUUGUUUGCAUGUGAUGGACUGCACCACAAUUUUUUUUGCUUUUCUGAUACUGAAACGAUUUGAAGAGAUAAAAUAAGCUCCAUCUUUAAUCUUAAAUGUACUAUAUUCCUUCCUAUAAUCUGCAGGAGAUACAGAAAGGGAAGAUAUGUCUACUUUAGACUUUUGGUUGUUUUGUUGUGGUUUAAAGAGCUUUUGAAUGCUUUUGGGCCGGCCUAUAUUUAUUAAGAUAGAUCAGAUUGUAGAAGACGAACAGAUGGAUGUAUAGAUGUAAUGGGAUGGAUUUAUAGAGUUUUAUGUUUGUAGAAUAAAUGGCAGGGGAAAAAAAGUUUAAUGGGGUUUGGUGGCAAAUUCCUUCCCCUUUAAAUUGAUUUAUUCAUGAGAAGAUUUUUUCCUACUAACAAUGUGAUCAUGCUUGAAUAUUAUCCAUAUAUUAUCUGCUUUUUACAGUAGAGGACAAAAAGUGACAUUUGGACAAGGCUGGUGAAAUACCACACAAAAUAUUGCAUUGUGGUACCAUAUUGUGCAUUAAGUUAUGGCCAUUUGAUGUCCUAAAUUCAACUCAAGGUGAGGCCUUAUGGAAGGGAAUAUGUAUUAUGUAUUUUAUUACAGCAUUAAAUUAUUUCAGGACUUGAAGAUGAUACCAAUUGUAUUGAAAAUGACCUCGGGCCCUCUAUGACACUUAAUAUGCUUUUGCUAAAAGUAAUAUAUAAAAUCAUAUUUUGAUUUGAUUUUUUCAAAUUGCUUUGAGACAUCAAUAGAUGAUUGUCAGUAUGUUUUUUGUUAAAACAGUUUUAUGAUUUUUUUUUAUUUUCUAUUCUAAAAAUGCAUUCGUCAUUAUUUUGUGUAUUUGUAAUUGUAAAUAUGUUGCGUUCUCUUAUCCUCAAAAGGAAAAUGACAUUAUUGACUGGUUAUUAACAGAUUUAAAUGCUAACAGUUAAGAACGAAAACCAUUCAAAUGUACAUUAUGUUGUUAUGGGAUGUUAUGAGUAGAAGAAAAAUGCUCUCGCAGACUCGCACAAAAAGCUGCGCAAUCUAGAUUGUAGUGCUGCUGCUUUAGGUCAAUUACGGUUUGUCUGCUGGUCUUCCAAAUACGCUUUGCUUUUCACUGAAUCCCACCUUGUAAAUAUAAGAGAGAGGGAGGGAGAGAGCAUGAAAGAGAUUGUGAGAGAAAUAGCUGUCCAGUGCCUUUUUGAACUAAUGUGUGUGCUAGUGAGAUUAGAGAGUGUUUCCUCACAAUUGUUUGGUGCCAUUUCUUAUGUAUGUGGUGGGAGUUAAAAGAAACUGGCAUCUAUUUUGGAUCUGUUUCUUUUCCAUGCAGAUUGUUAGAGGAUAAACACCAGUGAAAGAGGAAGGAUUAGUUUGGAGGUUAAUGUAUGUUUGUGCGAUGUUCUUUCUCUCUCUGUCCCUCUCUCUGUCUGCUGUGAUCAUCCCAAUAUUUCUGGCCUGUAUAUACUGUAGCUCACCUACUGUUGUGCUCCAAUAACAUUACCAUAAUGUAUGAAUAUCAAUAACAAAGUGCUCAUUUGAUCACAGA